UAUGCUGAAGGCUCUGGAACGGGAGCCCUACAUUACUGAAGAGGUCUCCAUAGCUGCUAAAAAGCAGCUCCAGAUUAAACGCUGCAAGCAUGGAGGGGGGAAUGACCUGUUUCAGUGUUUUAAAUCCAUUAUCGAAAAGGAACCAAGCAAGUCUUUCUUGGUUGCCUCUCCAUGCGAAGAACUAUGGAGAGAAUUUGACAGAGCACCAAAUAUGAGGGUCCCUACAAUAUACUGGGACGGUAGUGGUGCUGACUUUAUGCUCAGAGCACCUGAAGAGUCCUCUCCCAAGAAGGAAAUGAAAGCAGCAGGGUCAAAACUCAGAGCACCUGAAGAGUCCUCUCCCAAGAAGGAGAUGAAAGCAGCAGGGUCAAAACUCAGAGCACCUGAAGAGUCCUCUCCCAAGAAGGAGAUGAAAGCAGCAGGGUCAAAAAGAAAGAAAGGAAAGGGGGAGGGUGAAGGAAGUUCCAAGAAGAAGAUCAAGUCAACAAAGUUUAGUGGAUCUGGCUGAAGAGCUUUGUUACUGUUACUGUCUAACAUACUACUUGUGCCUGUGUUUGCGUUUUAGACUGAUAUUGUCUUUUGGGUAUUUGCGUGGAUUUUGGACGUGAUAUAUAGGUUGUGAUGCUUGACAUUUUGGACCAAUUUUCUAUCAACUAAUAACUCCUUCGAACAUACUACUGUGUUAACGUUUUAGACUGAUUUUGUCUGUUGGGUAUUACUUGUGUGGAUUUUGGACUGAUAUAUAGGUUGUAAUGCUUGAUA